CUUUGUCAUCACUGCAUGAUGCAUUGCUUCGCAUCAUAUUAUCCCUUCCUUGUCCUCGGAAUCUCACCGGCAAUUCCAUCGUCUCGACGUGUUUUAAUACCCAAGCUUCCAGCCCUCCAUCAGUGCUUCCCUCUUCAUCCCUUGUCUCGAGAUGAUGCAUGUCCAUCCAACUUUAACCGCUUCCAGAUUAUGUGUUUCCGCCGUGCAUCCCAAAGGCCUCUUACCUUGUUUACCGAAGAGGAACGGGUGCAGCAGGAAGCCUGGCAGGUCUCUAGUACUACCUGUAACUGCAGCCAAGUCCUCAUCGGACAUUGGAGGGAUCAAUCUUCGCCACCUUGAAAGGGCCAUAAGACUGCAUUCAGCUAUCUCCAACAGAAGCAUCAAGGAAUUCGUAGAGCUGAUCGGUGAUGAAUGCCGACAUUGUUUUACGUCUCUUCCAGCUGACCCUUUGGAGCUAAGUAAGAAAGCAUUCCAAAUGUUGCACUCUUUCAUGGUGUACAACAGCGUGAUGUUGGUGAUCAAACCAACGGCGGACUAUGGCGUUGAUAUUGGCAUUAGAUGGAUCGCAACAUCUCUACAAUGCAUGUAUAUGAGGGCAUUGUGUUUUGGAGGAAUGCGAAAAACAUCAUUGACACAUUGAUCCAAAUGCAAGUUGCAGAGAGGUUGGAGAAGAUUCUUCUGCCCAUCAUUGAUAAGCUCGUACCGGAGGGUCUCUUCGAAGGGAAGGAAAGGGUUGCCCUAAUGUAUUCCUUGCUUAGUCUACUAAUCAUGGUUGUUUCUGUUAUCAUCCUAAAGAACACAUUGGUGUAACAUGUCACUAGCUGCGUAUACUGAAACCAAACGAUGAAAUUGUUUCUCGACUCCUCUUGUCCAUAAAGAAGAUGAGAACUCAUGAAAGCGUGUUCAGCAGGAGUGCAUCUCUUUCAAGAUUACACUGAACAUGGGCAACGAUGACAACGUGAUCUUCCAGCAAGUAAUCUCGCAGAAUGUUGUUUGAUAUUAAAUGCUAAAUUAGAUGGAAAUCUCCAACCAGAAUCCCAAAAGCAGGGAAAAGGUAAACUUUGCAGCAGGUUAAUGCUAGAUGGUACUUGAGCAAAGUUCAUUGUCAGGCCGACAGAACUUGUUUACCUGCGUAUAAUUCAAAUGUUAGGUUGAAGCCAUCUGUAACGUAAGCAACUGAAAUAUCGAUUAAAAUCAGCAGUAAAACAAGAACAUAAUCUUGACACAAUACAAGAGAUGCAGAGGAAGAACAGAGAACAUAAAGAAGCAGCAGAUGUAACCAGCAAGGCAAAGACCACAGAGCAAUGUAGUAGGCAUGACCUCGAAGUUUUACCUAAUUAUUGUGACCUCCAAGUUUGAAAGAUGAAACAUGGCCAGGAUCAACGUUUCAACCUGUAAGACCACAAAGACUCACCAAAUCAAAGUUUAAUCCCUAUGCAUUUGGAUGAUCAUUAAGGUGUUAUGAUGUGCAGUUUGUGUGCUACUUAUCACUGGUUUAGACACGGAUACUACAUCGGGAUUGUAAAUUGACUUGACAUCUUUGAUAUUGCAUCACGUAAGAAUUAUCUACCGUACCGAGUCCUCAGAAGCUUUAAUCGUUUCACA